CGAGAACCGGAACAGGAUACUCUCGUUACUUUAGUGAGCUUCACGCACGCUGUCAGCCACGUCACCUCCUCUGCCCCACAGCUGAGACACUGAGUGGGCAUCACAGUUGUUCACCUCUCGGCCUUUAGAUAACGAACCAGCGAAAACAUCCACACCGACUCAGACUUCACCGACUUAUCCGUGAACUCCUUCUUGUUUUUCGGCCUCCACACGCAGCGAGUCCGCCUCUUUCUUCAUCUUCUGGUGGUUGAACUCUUCCCUGUCUGCUGCGGACGUGUCAGGCCCUGCAAGAAGUUGUGUCCCCCAUUUUUAUUUUUAUUUUGUUGUUGUUACCAAAGCGGAAAAUAAACAACAUGAACGUGUUUCGUCUGGCGGGUGAUGUGUCACAUCUGGUGGCUAUCAUCAUCCUGUUGUUGAAGAUCUGGAGGUCCAAAUCCUGCGCUGGCAUCUCUGGGAAGUCUCAAGUGCUGUUUGCACUUGUCUUCACCACCAGAUACCUUGACUUGUUCACGGUCUACAUAUCAGCCUACAACACGGUCAUGAAGGUGGUGUUCCUGGCUCUGUCCUACGCCACCGUGUACCUCAUCUACAUGCGCUUCAGGAAAAUGUACGACUCCGAGAACGACACGUUUCGCAUUGAGUUCCUGUUGGUGCCAGUCAUUGGGCUGUCAUUCCUGGAAAACUACGCUUUCACUCCGAUGGAGAUCCUGUGGACCUUCUCCAUCUUCCUGGAGGCGGUGGCCAUAAUGCCGCAGCUCUUUAUGAUCACAAAGACCGGCGAGGCAGAGUCCAUCACCACCCACUACCUGUUCUUCCUUGGCCUCUACCGAGCUCUCUACAUAGCCAACUGGGUGUGGCGUUACCACACGGAGGGCUUCUUCGACCAGAUCGCCGUGGUGUCCGGCGUGGUGCAGACCAUUUUCUACUGCGAUUUCUUCUACCUUUACGCCACAAGGGUGCUCCGAGGAAAAGGAAACAUGACCCUGCCGAUGCCUGUUUAAAACCACACGCCUGUGCCAUUCAGCACACCCCGCCGGUGCCUGCUACAGUUCAGCAUCUGAACACAGACCUUGCCCUUCAACUGUACAUGUAUUUAGCAAUGGGACUAAUGGUCGGACAUCAUUCUGUAGGCCAAAAUGAGUGUACCUCCAGAUAUGAUUUUCUGUCUGAUGGGUACUUUGAGUAAGUGUGAGUCUGUGUGUGUGUGUGUGUGUGUGUGUGUGUGUGUGUGUGCGCGUGUGCAUGUUUGGGUUUUUCUUCAUAAGAUGCAAAUGUGACACUGGAAAAGUGUCCCUGAUGUGUGUCACGUGGAACUUUUAAAUUCAAACUAGUGAGUAAACUGAGUAUUUGUAUUCACAUUCUCUUUUCGGCUCUGAGACAGACGUCCGCUCUGAAGACUGUUAGAAAAUCAAAUCUGCAAAAGUGUACAUGAGUCUGGCUGUAGCUGUUACGCACAGCACUCAGGUAGAUGUACUUAGUUUCAGUUUCCACUCUUCUCUCUUCACGAUCACCUUUUGGUCUUUCUUUUUAGUUCUGUCAUGUUAGACACUCCCCGAAUAGCUCAGCGGCUUUCCUUUAUGCCAAGUAUGUCCGUGUAUGUAUGUUUUUGUAUUUCAUCUUUAUCGUCGUCUUUUAUAUUUCAACAUAUUUCUUCAUAAGAGGGGGGGGAGAAAAAAAAAAGAGCUAAACAUUUUGUCUUAAAUGAAGCCAAAGAAUGAAAGACAAAUCUGCUGCAAUGUUGGUUGCUUCCUUGACCAAACUGUCUUGUUGUGUCAGAUAUAAAAAAAAAAUUGGAAAAUGG